AUGACACAACGGACAACAGACAACGCUCUUGUCUACAAGUCUCCCCACGCCGACGUUAAUGUUCCUGAGCACAAUGUGUACACUCACAUUCUUCCUUCUCCCACUCAUGCGCCGCACCCGAAUCGUAUGUUCACUCGUAAGAUGGCUCUGCAGGCUGAGGACCAGAUUGCCCUCGUCGACGCACUCACAGGGGAGAGAUACACGAGGGCUCAGCUGCGACGGCGCACAGAAGCGCUAUCAACUAGCCUUAGGGAAAUGGGAUUAAAGAAAGGUUCAUCUGUAAUGAUAAUUAGUCCCAAUUCGAUCGAGUACCCGGUCGUCACUUUGGCGUCGCUCGCUGCUGGUCUUGUCCCCAGCUUUGUCAAUCCAGCAUACACACCAUCCGAGAUCCUCCACCAGUUCAACGACUCUUCCGCCUCUCUAGUUUUUGUACACUCCGAAUCCCUCACUGUCCUCCUCUCUGCCCUUCCAACCAACUUUCCUGUCUCUGAACGCGUCAUCGUGAUGCAGCAUAGGAACCGGAUCCCAGGGUCCAUACUUGCCCAAGUCCCUCCAUUGAUUUUCAUAGAUGAUCUCAUCUACCAAGGGGAUCGGAAAAAAACUGGGGUGGAAAACUUCGACGGAGAACUGGCGAAGAAAACCACUGCAUUCCUGUAUUAUUCAUCCGGUACCACAGGCAAAUCCAAGGGCGUCGAGCUGACCCACCACAACAUGUCGACGGCAAUCAGUAUUUGCAGCAUCAAUUGGGGAGCUGAUGACACCUCUAGAGACGUGAUGUUAGCCGUCAUUCCGUGGUACCAUAUCACUGGUUCCCUUGUUACCUUUCUGUAUUCUAUUCACAUGGGUGUAAAAAUAAUCGUCCUACCUCGAUUCACACCCUCCACUUUCCUUGGAGCUAUCCAAAGACACCGUGUCAUUGUCAUGGUGGUUGCGCCGCCGCUUCUGCUUUUUUUCAAGAAUAGCAAGCUGGUAGAGGACUAUGACAUAAGUAGUAUCAGAGACAUUUUAACCGGCAGCGCUCCGGCAAGUAAGGAGUUGAUUGAAGGAACCACAAAUAGACUUCGUGGCAGGGGGGCGAGGGACGCCGCCAUAUCUCAAGCGUACGGCCUCACAGAGACUACGGCUGGGACACACAUUCUUCCACGCGCCUUUUCUCUCAGCAAGGUCCAUACCGUCGGUCGUUUACAGCCUAACCUACAAGCUCGUCUCGUGGACGACAAUGAAGUUGAUGUUAGCCCGGGGGAGCGCGGCGAACUGUGGAUCCGCGGGCCCCUCCUGAUGAAGUCCUAUCUGAGGAACGAGGCCGCUACCCGUGACACCAUUACACCCGAUGGAUGGCUUAAGACAGGAGACAUCGCCAUUGUAGAUUCGGAAGGAUUCUUUAGCAUCGUGGAUCGGAAGAAGGAGCUAAUCAAGUACAAGGGAUUCCAAGCGUUGUUGCUGAAACAUGACAUGUUGGAGGACGCAGGCGUCGUCGGAACUUGGGACGAGGUGGGACAGACUGAGCUCCCUACUGCCUACGUGGUACCGCGCAACAAAAGCAUCCUCACUGCUUCUCAAUCGUCCCAAGCCAAAUUUGCAUUCGAGAUUCAGGAAUGGGUCAAGUCUCAAGUCGCCCAUUACAAACAACUUCGCGGGGGUGUAAUCCUGGUAACUGAAAUCCCAAAGUCGGCUGCCGGAAAGAUUCUGCGCCGGAAUCUGCGCGAGCUUGCUGCGAAGCUUCCUCGCGCACCAAUCAAGCUCUAG